GGUCCUGUUUCAAUCACUGGCGUCAGACGGACGCAAGACACCAACUCAAACCGUUUCACCUUCUCCUCAACAACGUAAAUAUUGAUUGAAAAAGCGAGUCAGCACCGAGCAACUUCUGGGAGUUUUAAUUUGAAAGUGCUUCACGGGAUUUAAAGAAUAUCCCUCGUCGUGUCACUUUGAGGGUCCGACGGAUUUUUUCGUUUUUACCACGACUGGGAGAUAAAACUUUUCCUCUUAUUAUAUUUGGGUGGCUCGUAAAAUAGACCCGCCUAUGACCUUCGCGUCUUAAAUUAUUACUACAUUUACCGGAUACAUAUUUGUUACAACUUCAGGGUCUUUACCAACUUCGACUUUUUCCUUUUUCUUUGAAUGCGUUGCAAAUAUGAUGAUGUCACCGACGCCACUUUUUCCUGAAGUUAUGGCGGAGCACAACUUUUCUAACUUCUCUUGACCAUUGAGUGCACUUAGCUUUACUAAUGGAGCACCUCCAGGGAGCGUGGAAGACCCUGAGCAAUGGCUUUGGAAUGAAGGACUCUGCGUUUGAGGGCCCGUGUCUCUCCCCGACCAUGGUCCAGGGCUUCCCCUGCCAGCGUCGCUCCUCCGAUGACAGCAAGAUGCCCGACUCCAAGACUAGCAGCACUAUCCGUGUCUACCUCCCAAACCAGCAGCGCACUGUGGUAAACGUGCGUCCAGGUAUGACUCUGCACAGUUGCCUGAUUAAAGCAUUAAAGGUGCGAGGUCUGCAGCCUCAGUGCUGCGCUGUAUUUCGACUGCAUCCAGAACAGAGGAGUAAAAAAUUACGGAUGGAUUGGAACACCGACUCCACCUCCCUUAUCGGAGAAGAGCUUCUGGUUGAGGUUUUAGAUCAUGUUCCCUUGACGACGCAUAAUUUUGUUCGGAAAACAUAUCUGAAGCUAGCGUUCUGUGAUAUUUGCCAGAAGUUUCUUUUGAAUGGUUUCCGUUGCCAAACAUGCGGCUACAAAUUCCAUGAGCAUUGUAGCACCAAAGUGCCCACGAUGUGUGUGGACUGGAGCAAUAUCAGACAACUCCUGUUGUGUCCAACACCUGGUGAGAGCGGUGCCCCUUCACUGCCCCCGCUGACUUCCAGGCGAGUGAGAGAAUCUUUAACACGGUUUCCAAGCUCAGCCCACCGAUAUUCCACCCCCCAUGCCUUCAACUACACCACGCCUUACACGCCCACAAGCGGCGGGCUCUCCCAGAGACAGCGCUCCACUUCCACGCCCAACGUCCACAUGGUUAGCACUACCCUGCCUGUAGACAGCAGCAUGAUUGAGCUAGACUGCCUGAAUACGUCCCCCAGCUCCUGGUGCCAUAGAUUCUGGCUGAAGAGGAAAGUAGGUAUUGUGCACUUCUCCCAGUCUUUUGUUGAAGCCUCCUCCGAGAGUCCAGAAAAGGAUGCUAUGCGUGAUCAUGACUCGGCUGGGAGUUCCCCCAAUCAGAGUCCUACAGGCUGGACUCAGCCGCAGUCCAAAGCCCCUGCACCUGCCCAGCGAGAGAGGGCCCCGUCCUUCAACACUCAGGAGAAAAAUAAAAUAAGACCUCGGGACAAGCGAGACUCGAGUUACUACUGGGAGAUCGAGGCCAGCGAGGUGUAUUUGAACUCCCGCAUCGGUUCAGGCUCAUUUGGAACUGUGUACAAAGGGAAAUGGCAUGGUGAUGUAGCAGUGAAGAUUUUAAAGGUGACCGACCCCACACCAGAGCAGUUCCAAGCGUUCCGAAAUGAAGUGGCGGUCCUGAGGAAAACACGACAUGUCAACAUCCUGUUGUUCAUGGGCUACAUGACAAAGGACAACCUGGCCAUUGUGACCCAGUGGUGUGAAGGCAGCAGCCUCUACAAACACAUUCAUGUCCUGGAGACAAACUUCAAGAUAAUCCAGCUCAUAGACAUUGCUAGGCAGACGGCUCAGGGCAUGGACUAUUUGCAUGCAAAGAACAUCAUUCAUCGUGAUAUGAAGUCCAACAACAUCUUCUUGCAUGAAGGGCUAACGGUGAAAAUUGGGGACUUCGGUCUGGCAACAGUGAAGGCCAGAUGGAGUGGCUCACAUCAGGUGGAGCAGCCUUCUGGAUCCAUUCUCUGGAUGGCUCCUGAGGUUAUCCGGAUGCAGGAUAACAACCCGUACAGCUUCCAGUCUGAUGUCUAUUCCUAUGGAAUUGUUCUCUUUGAGCUCAUGACGGGAGAGCUCCCGUACUCCCAGAUAGCAACAAGAGAUCAGAUCAUCUUCAUGGUAGGAAGAGGCUAUUUGUCCCCAGACCUCAGUAAGCUCUACAAGAACUGCCCCAAAGCCAUGAAAAGGUUGGUGGCCGACUGCAUCAAGAAGUCGAAGGAUGAGAGGCCGCUCUUCCCGCAGAUCUUGUCCUCCAUUGAGCUUCUCCAGCAUGCCCUACCUAAGAUAAACCGCAGUGCCUCAGAACCGUCCCUGCACAGAGCCUCUCACACUGAGGAUAUCAACGCCUGUACUCUGACCUCCACCAGACUGCCUGUUUUCUAGACGCUCAGACAAGCACUGCCCCUCCUCCUCUCCUCACACUUCCCCUCCUCAAUCUCCUCUGAAAUAUCCAAAAUAGUCCAAAAGCUCAGUACGCCCAAAUUCCUUACAUGCAGAAGCAAAUGUAUAUCUGAAAUAUGUACAUGCAAUCAUACAUAAACCCACGGUAAUCAGUAGAAUAUGUAAGGAAGAGAGGAGAGGGACGUGCAGAGAGAUGUGCAUCUGAGAUUUAUUAUGGAAGAGAACGACGGUGGAUUGCAGUGCACAUGAAAUGGAUGGCAUAAGAUACAUCCAGGGGGAAGCUCUACGGUGGCAAUGCAUUUGGUUGAAGUUGUAAAUACAUGCACGCACACCUACCUAAGAUGACGAUGAUAAAUGGACACUGAAGGAAGCUCAAGAGAAAGACACGUGUCUCUCUUGAUUUGGAUUCUUUGACGUGAAGCACACCCUUCUAUCUGGCUGCCUGCGUUUCUGAUGAAGAGGACCUUUAAAGCUCAAAUGCCUUAAGAGGAAUCAAAGCCUGGACUAAGAUCCCGCACAAUUCAUCACAAGCAAAGGCGUUGGAUGUAGUCCAUUUAGUUGCACAGCAGUAGUUGAUUUUGCAUUGUCUUAAAUGAUAAUGGCGUAGACAUGGGAAAUUAUCUUUAUUUUUUUGUUCUUUCUUCUUUUAAUUGUCUUUAUUUUUUGGGUAAUUUUUGGAGGAAUUCUAGCCAGUCAGACAGCGAGCGUGAGUGAUGACGGAAAAUUUGCACAUUCUAGCAAAAGCAAUGGUUGUGUUUCAACAGUCUACACAUUGGCUUCAUUGCCACGAGUAAACUGAUCUGUAGAUAGCCACAUGUCCUUAUCAGUCCUCACCAGGUUAUCAUGAGCUGGACAUUUACCGGUUGUCUUAAGUGUUUAAAAUGAUUUGGAAACUAAUUUGUAUUUGUUGUCUUUUGAUGUCUCUGUCAGGAGGUUAAACGUUUUAUUGUGUACUUGGUGAGAAAGUUGUCUAUUCAAUAUUUUAAUAAAAUUAAGUUAAAUUCCUUUGCCAAA